UCAAAAUAAUAAUUUUCUUACCAUCAAAACUUCACUAUUUUUUUCCGAUUUUUAAUUUAUAUUCGCAAGGAAUUUUCCCAAAAACAUCAAAAAUGUUAACGCGCCUCUCCACGGCAUGCAUUCAUCUCAAAAGUCGCAGCAGUCCUUUGUUAUUUCGGGUCGGAAGUCAGAGUCGUUCAUUGCACAUUUCCACAAAAAAUGCAAAUCUGACAAAAAAUCGUCGAUUCGUCUUGGAUUCCGUGAGUUUGGUGCGUUUCGCAAGCACUUCUCCGAUCAAAGAUUUGCCUCCGAUCCCCGAGGCGCCGCCAAUUCCCGCAUUUCCUGAAACGACGACGUCGUCAGUGACGGAGACAGUUGUGAACCAAUUAGCAGCGAAUGGGGAGCCUACCUUCGCGAGUAUCGGUUUGGGAGGUUGGACUCCGAAAGGAAUUGUCGAAAAUUGCAUGGAAUAUUUGCAUUGCACGCUCGACAUUCCAUGGUGGGGUGCAAUUGCGAUUGCCACAAUUGUCGUGCGUUCGGUAAUUUUUCCGCUUGUCAUCAUUCAGCAACGAAACAACGCCGUCAUGCAUAACAACAUGCCCCAAAUGCAAGCGCUUCAACUGAAAAUGACCGAAGCUCGUCAAACGGGGAAUCAAUACGAAGCGGCGCGUUACUCGCAAGAAAUGAUGCUCUUCAUGAAGGAAAAAGGAUGCAACCCGCUCAAAAAUAUGAUUGUUCCGCUCGUUCAAAUGCCGAUUUUUUUGUCGGUUUUCUUCGCGUUUCGUGAAAUGGCAAAUACCCCGGUCUACAGUAUGACGACAGGCGGGCUUGCUUGGUUCACGGAUUUGACGAUGCCAGAUCCUUUCUAUAUUUUGCCGAUUGUGACAAGUGCAACGUUGGCAGCGACAAUCGAGCUGGGAGCGGAUUUUAGUCAGGCUCAGAUGCAAACGAUGAAAUAUGUGAUUCGAUGCAUGCCGUUGGCAGUGUUGGCGUUUACUUUUAAUUUUCCCGCUGCGAUGUUGUGGUAUUGGACGUUGACUAAUUUCAUUACGUUGGCGCAGGUUGGUUUUCUCAAAGUUCCCGCCGUUCGACAAUAUUUCAAGAUCCAACCGCUGCAGAAAUUCAAUCCAGAGAGUCUUCCAAUGAAGAAGAAAGGCUUCGUUGCUGGAGUUAAAGAUUCAUGGACCAACAUGAAAAUCACAAACGAAAUGGAAAACCGAAAAAGAGUGGAUGAAAUCAAGUUCGCUCGUGCCGGCAAAGGCGCUCUCGUGAAGACUUACAAAUACGAUCCAACCAAACCGAAACCCGCUGUCGCAGCGAAAAAAAGUUAG